CCUCAGAGUGCACACAGCUCCACCAACCACCUCACACGGCGGCCUCCAGCCUCCAAAGGGGAGACAGGAGAGAAAGCAGAAACGCAUCCCUCUCUCUCUCUCUCUCUCUCUCUCUCUCUCUCGGUAACCUGUCUGCGUGUGGUGAGUUACCAAACACCCAGCUCCGUAAAAGCUUGGAGCGAAACCGCACGUACGCGCGCGGGCACGCACGGGCGGGGAGCAAGGCAGAGCAUUCCUCUGUUUCAGGUAUGACGACCUGCGCGAGCGCCACGGUCGCAUGCUGGGAUGACCAGGCGGCGGGCUGCGCCUUCUUCGCCCCCUUGCUUUGCAAGGGGGCGGAGGAGGUCGUUGUCCUGGUGGCCGGUGAUGUGGCGGAGGAGCAGCCGGCGCCGGUGCUGACGAGCAAGCCGCCGGGUCGGUUUGCCAAGGCGGUGAAGGAAGCCUGGUCCGUUUAUUGGGGCGUCGCGUUCCCGAUGGCGCCGUCGAUGUCCUCCUGCGCCGCGCGGGACGAGGCGCGGUCCAUUCUUGGCCUCGCAUUCCCGAUGAUACUGACCGGUUUGCUGCUCUAUCUCCGCUCGAUGAUCUCGAUGCUCUUCCUUGGCCACCUCGGCGGGCUGGCCCUCGCCGGAGGGUCCCUCGCCAUCGGCUUUGCGAAUAUCACCGGCUACUCCGUCCUCUCUGGCCUAGCCAUGGGCAUGGAGCCGAUAUGCGGGCAGGCCUUCGGCGCUGGCAAUUACGCGCUCCUGGGCAUCACCAUGCAGCGGACGGUGCUCCUCCUCAUCGUGGCCGCCGUCCCCAUAGGUGGCCUGUGGUUGCAGAUGCGGCCUCUCCUCCUGUUCUGUGGCCAGGACGCCGCCAUCGCGGCGGUCGCCGAGACCUACAUUUUUGCGUCUCUCCCUGACCUCGUGCUCCAGGCAUUCCUCCACCCGGUGAGGAUAUACCUCAGGACGCAGUCCAUCAACCUGCCCCUCACCGUGUGCGCCGGCCUGGCCAUUGUCAUCCACCUUCCUAUCAACUACGUGCUCGUUGUCUUCCUCGGCCUCGGCAUAAAGGGGGUCGCAUUGGCGUCCGUGCUGGCCAACUUGAACCUCGUACUCUUACUCCUCGCAUACAUCUUCUUGAAAGGUGUCCACAAGCGCACCGGCGGUUUCGUUCUGUCCGCCGAGAGCUUCCGUGGUUGGGGAGAGCUCAUCAGCCUCGCUCUGCCGAGCUGCGUGAGCGUCUGCCUCGAGUGGUGGUGGUACGAGAUCAUGAUCCUGCUGUGCGGCCUGCUGCUGAACCCGCAGGCCACGGUGGCGUCCAUGGGCAUACUGAUCCAGACCACAUCGCUCAUAUACAUCUUCCCCUCGUCGCUCAGCUUCGGCGUGUCCACCCGCGUCAGCAACGAGCUAGGCGCGGGGCAGCCCGAGGAGGCGAGCCGCGCCGCCACGGUGGGUCUCAUGCUCGGCUUCGCGUUCGGCACCUUCGCCUCCGCGUUCGCGUUCCUCGUGCGCAACGUGUGGGCGAGCAUGUUCACGGCCGACCCGGCCAUCGUCGCGCUCACCGCGGCCGUGCUGCCCAUCCUGGGCAUGUGUGAGCUCGGCAACUGCCCGCAGACGACGGGGUGCGGCGUGCUGCGCGGAAGUGCCAGGCCCAAGGACGCCGCCAGCAUCAACCUGCGCUCCUUCUACCUCGUCGGGACGCCCGUGGCGCUCGUCAUGGCGUUCUGGUUCCACUUCGACUUCAAGGGCCUCUGGUUCGGUCUGCUCGCCGCGCAGGCCACCUGCAUGGUGCGCAUGCUGCUGGUCAUCGGCCGGACGGACUGGGCCGCCGAGGCCAAGCGGUCCAAGCAGCUCACCGGAGCAGGCGCCGCCAACAUGGAGAGUGACGACAGAGUUGCCGCGGACAAGACGUCGCGCUUACUCGUCGACACGGACAUGAAGCAAUCAAGCGAUCACUCCGAUCGGUGUUGACAGCUACAGCGCGAGCCGCAUGUGUAUUGUAAUCUAACCUCCCUUUCUUUUACCAUUUUUAUUUCCUCCCGCUUUCCAAAUUUCGGCGUGGGAGAGAAUCAGAUGCUGACAGAGUGACAAUUUUGUUCUCAGUCAAUUAGCAAUGUAAAGAUUAUGCUAAUUGUUAUUAGUAACAUAGAGUUGGAGAAAUAUGAGCGAUGUC